GCCCUGGGGGCGCUGGCGGAGCUAGUGUCGUCGCGGGGCAAUUUUGGGGCGUACCGGCGGGCCUGGGGGGCGUGCCGGGGGUUCCGGCUGCCGCUGCUGGCCGUGCACCUGAAGGACCUGGCGGCGCUGGACGCGGCUGGUCGCCACCGAAGGCAACAAGUUGCCUCCAAAGGCAACAAGUGGCCACCAAAGGCCACAAGUGGUGCUGAAACCUGGGAAACUCGCCUGGAAUCAGGUGACCAGCGGCCGGAGCGGCAGGACCAGCCCGGCGGGGAGGACGCUCCCGGCCCACCAAGGAGGAUGGAAGCCCUUGUGAAGGUCGUAUCACAAUUGCAUAAACAGUGGGGUAUUGAUUGUAAACCCAAAGAUUUUACUCUCGCAGUUGCGAGGCUUUUGCAAAUCGGGGUCAUUGACCAGCCGGUGGAUAUUCUCCACCCCGAAGUGUGGGAUAAGUGCACUAAGGCACUAGCUGAGGAAACGAUGUCCUCGGGUAGUGGGAAAAAUCUUAAGUCGUGGGGGAAAGUUGUACAGGCCCUGCAGAAGGCCAUACAAGAGCAGGAGACCUGGAAGGCGGCAAAGAACUGUUUGCUAGCCACCCCAAAAUUGGGAGUCGGGGCGGCCACACAGACUUUGUGCCCCCCGGACGGUGAUGAUUCUGCUAAUCUUAAAGAUCCGCAAGAGGGCGACGCGUCCCCUCAAGUUCCAGAUUCCGAUCUACUCACGGAGGGACAGAGACGAGCUAAAUCCUUCUGGGGCGGGUUAGCCGAGGCGGCUAGAGGCGCUGCGGAAAAAUCGGAGUCAGAGGGAAUCUGGACUAAACCGCCACCCUAUGCGCCCCAAGAUGGCGCCGAAGAAAAAAGGGGCGGACGCGGCGAAAAUGCCCCUGACGGGAUGAGAGAGGAGAACAAAGGAGAAGGGGGUGAUAACAGUAACCAGGGAGGAGAAAAGAAGAUAAGCGAGGGGCAGAGAGCUAAUCAGAACGUGCUUUUUGGAAAGUGCUCCUAUAGGGUUAACUCCCCAUCGAGCGGAAGGCGGGGCGAGCCAAGGGGGAGGGAACGGCCUGCCCACAAGGGAACUGGGCGGGGCCGGAGCCUGACAAAAAGGUACUGGGGACCGGAAGCGACCAGUCAGUCGAGUUCCGACUCUGACUCAUACACCAGCUGGGAUGAGUGGUUCGCAACAGAUUCAAGCUCGGAAGAAGAAGCAGCAGAGAUAAACAGAGUCAGAAGCCGAAAUAUCCCCAUCCAAAUUAAAGAAAAAUCGCGAGGGGGAGAAUUCCCUCUCACAGACUGGAGGAAAAUAAAGAUCGCGUGCGCCGAUUGGGCCCCAUCGGCCGCGCUAGCAUUCCCAGUCCGAGUGACGGAGGGGGGACAAAGAGUCUACACACCAAUAAACCCCAAAGAUAUACAAGCGAUUGUUAAGGCAAUUGCAGACAAAGGGGUUAAUUCUGCUAUGGUCUCCACCCUCAUAGAUGGUGUUUUCGGGGGAGACGACAUGCUCCCGUUUGAUAUAAAACAAACUUGUAGAUUGAUCUUUGACGGGGCAGGAAUGAUUGUUUUCAAACAAGAAUGGGAAGAAAACUGUGCAAGGCAACUAGCCCAAGUGGCCGGAGCCGAUCACCCACUGCAUGGCUCCAGCCUGCAGCGGGUGAUGGGCACAGAUCCCCCAAUGAUCACCCCCCCGGCGCAAGCCCAGGGCCUGCGGGCCCAUGAAGUUAUGGCUCGCGCGGCCAGAGAAGCUAUUCGCACAGCCUCCAGAGUCAUCGCCAAACCAUCGCCAUGGUCCACAAUAAAGCGAAGUGAAAGGGAGAGCUUUACACAAUUUGUAGAUGGUCUCCAAGCGGCGUGGCAAGUGCUGCCUCAAGGAAUGAUCAACUCGCCUACUAUCUGCCAGAUUGCGGUAGAUCGGGCGUUGACACCGGUCCGGCGCAGUGAUCCGACCACGACCAUCAUUCAAUAUAUGGACGAUAUCUUAAUUGCCGCGCCGUCGGGAAGUCAGGUGGACCAGCUAGUGUCAACAGUCUCGGAAAUCCUGAAAACAAAUGGGUUCGAAAUCGCGAGCGCGAAAAUUAAAAGAGGACCGUGUGGUUGGAUCAUCGGACACCCCCGUAACCCGGACACCCCAGUGACAGGAGAAGAUGACCAGUUGACGCCCACCAACAUCUCGACCUUUAAUACGUAA